AUUAGAUUUAUAUCUAAUAAGAAUAAAAAAAUAUUAAAAGCUCUAUAUAGACUACUCAAUAGUAUAUUAAAAGAUAAACUUUUUGUACUAAGAAAGAUAUUAUAUAAGCUACUUAAGAAGAGAUUUUUUUCUAUAAGUAUCUAUUCUAUAGCCUUAUCUAUUUUAUUUAUAUAA